UGUCGUGGACGCGCCGGCCUGUGUGUUGGUGGUGGUGUAUAUGUAGGAGCAGGAGGAGAGACUCUGCAGUGUCUUGGCAGCUGCAUUAGUGCAUCUCCCACCGUCCACGAUGCCUCCGCGGCCAAUGCCUGCCUCCUCCGCGACCACUUGACAACAGAAACCGAUAUGAACUCGUUGGGAAACUGAGUCGGACUCACACUUCACACUCGCUAGCUAGCUAUAUGCCCCGGAGCGCUUCAUCCAAGCACAGAAACCCCGUGCCGAGUAUUGUUAAUGGAAAAUGGCGAUAGGCAAAGGGUCUUGCAGCAUCGUCUGCUUGGUAUCUAUCCAGAUUAUCUUGAUUUCCAACGCAUCGUGGCCUGGAGCAGCGGGUCUCACAUUCCCCCAGCAAUACACGAUAACGCACUGGGCCAAGCGUAUUGAACAGGAGAUUGACAGAGUCUUUCAGCACAUCACUGGAGCUCAGCAGUUGAAAGGGAUAUACAAUGAAGAAAGACGACGGUUUAGUCUGGUGAAGAAUCAACCUCGGAAGAUUGUGGAGAAGGCGGCCUCAGAUAUAGAGAAACUCCUGGCUAAGAAGCGCAAAGCACUCGAUAGGUUAGCCAGUGAAGCAGAGCGGCUCCAGCGAGAGCAUCAGUGGCGCGAUGGAAUCAAGGAGCUUGACAUGGCUUAUUAUGACUCCAAGGCUGAGCUGGAUUAUUAUUCCAUGGAUGGAGAAGGAGAGGUGGAAAAUCCUUCACACAUCAAGCUGGAGUUUGUUUAUGAUCCAAACUUCAAAAACAACGUCAACUAUUCCUACACAGCUGUUCAGAUUCCUACAGAUAUUUAUAAAGGAGCUCCAGUCAUUUUGAAUGAGUUGAACUGGACACAGGCGCUGGAGAAAGUGUUCAUGGAGAACAGUCAGGAGGAUCCGUCACUGCUGUGGCAGGCGUUUGGGAGUGCAACGGGUGUCACUCGCUACUACCCAGCUUCACCUUGGAAAGCCCCAGAUAAAAUCGACUUGUAUGACGUCAGAAGGAGACCCUGGUACAUCCAAGGAGCCUCAUCCCCCAAAGAUAUGGUCAUUCUUGUUGAUGUGAGCGGCAGUGUCAGUGGACUCACUCUGAAACUCAUCAAAGCGUCAGUGAUGGAAAUGCUGGACACUUUGUCUGAUGAUGACUAUGUCAACGUGGCCAGGUUUAACGAAAAGGCAGAGGCCGUGGUUCCCUGCUUUAAACAUCUCGUCCAGGCUAACGUGCGUAACAAAAAGAUCUUCAAGGACGCAGUGCAGCAGAUGCAGGCUAAAGGCACUACUGACUACAAGUCUGGAUUUCAUUUUGCUUUCAACCAGCUGUUAAAUAAGACAAAUGUUCCUCGGGCCAACUGCAAUAAAAUAAUCAUGCUGUUCACUGAUGGAGGAGAGGACAGAGCUCAGGAUGUUUUCAUGCAGUACAACUGGCCCAACAAAACGGUUCGAGUAUUCACCUUUUCUGUGGGUCAACACAACUAUGAUGUCACACCUUUACAGUGGAUCGCAUGCACCAAUAAAGGUUACUAUUUUGAGAUCCGUUCCAUCUGUGCGAUAAGGAUUAACACCCAGGAGUACCUCGACGUGCUGGGUCGCCCCAUGGUUCUGGCAGGCAGCGAUGCCAAACAGGUUCAGUGGACCAAUGUGUAUCAAGAUGCUUUGGGUCUGGGCAUGGUAGUAACUGGGACUUUGCCUGUAUUUAAUCUCACAAUGGAUGGAAACUCACAGAAUCAGCUAAUAUUAGGUGUCAUGGGAGUUGACGUGCAUCUAGACGAGAUAAAGCGACUAACACCACGGUACAAUCUUGGAGCCAAUGGAUACAUAUUUGCCAUUGAUCCAAAUGGAUAUCUUCUCCUUCACCCUAAUCUUCAGCCAAAGCCGGUAAACCUCCCUGAGCCUGUGACGCUGGACUUCCUGGAUGCAGAGGUGGAGGACAGCAAUAAAGAGGAGAUCCGGCGACAAAUGAUUGAUGGAAGACCAGGUGAAAUGCAGGUCAAAACUCUUGUGAAGUCGAUUGAUGAGCAAUACAUUGAUGAGGUGUACAGAAGCUACACCUGGACCCCUAUCAACGGCACCGAUUACAGUCUUGGUCUGGUAUUACCCCCCUACAAUGAAUACUUCAUCCAGGCAGACCUGAGUGAUGUGAUGCUCCAGCUCCAGUAUAUGCAGUCGCUGCUGCCCAGCUCCUUUGAAUCCUCAGGACACGUGUUUUUGGCUCCAAGAGAAUACUGCAAACGUCUGCAUCUUUCUGACAAUAACACCCAGUUUUUGCAAAACUUCCUGACGCUCAUGCUGGACAUUUCCCCAGAAUCUGAUGAGUGUGACCAAGGCCUCAUCCACAACCUGAUUUUGGAUUCUAGGAUUAUCGGGCAGCUGGCCUCUCGUGUUUGGAAGAACAAGGACUUGAAUUCGUACGGCUUCCUGGCUGUAUUUGCAUCUACUGAUGGAGGUAUAACACGUGUUUUUCCCAACAUAGCUGCUGAGCUUUGGGAUGAGGAUCCUGAACCUUUCAAUUCAAAUUAUUACAGAAGGAGCCUCGACAACAAAGGUUACAUGUUCAGAGCUCCAUCAAGAUCCGCGUUGGACGACCCUGUAGGUGCAGAAAACGGAACCAUUGGAAUUCUGGUUAGUUCGGCUGUAGAGGUUAAUUUAGGGGGAAAACUGCUCAAACCUUCAGUUGUCGGAGUGAAGCUGGAUUUGGAGGCAUGGGUGGACAAGUUUAAGAUCCUUGCCAGCAAUGUGUCAGACAGUCGACAGGGCUCACACAAGUGUGGACCAUCCAGAAGCUGCGAGAUGGACUGUGAAGUAAACACUGACGACCUCCUCUGCUAUCUCAUCGAUGAUGGUGGAUUUCUGGUAAUGUCCAAUCAGAGAGAUCACUGGAAAAAGAUUGGCCUUUUCUUUGGUGAUGUGGACCCUUACCUGAUGCACGCACUCUAUAACAUCUCAAUCUUCACUCGCCGUCAGUCUUUCCACUACCAGUCGGCAUGUGAACCAGUCAGCAGCAGCCAUACUGGUGCAGCACCGAGGGGCAUCUUUGUGCCGUCCAUUGCUGACAUUCUCAGCUUGGCCUGGUGGAGCUCCACUGUUGCAUGGUCUGUGACCCAGCACCUACUGUAUGGACUGGCCUACAACAGCUGGUUCUACCAAGAUGAUCUCCUGGUUUCAGGUUUUGAGACAAGGGAAAGCAGCUGUAUGACUAUCCAAAGCCAAUUCUACUUUACAAACACCAACAACUCCUACAACGUGCUGCAGGACUGUGGAAACUGCUCACGGCUGUUCCACGCGAUGCGCUUAGAAAACACCAACCUCCUCUUUGUGGUCGCUGAGACGCUCCCCUGCAGCUCAUGUGAGAUAGAGAGAUUGACACGGAUCAGGACAGAAUUUCAGGAGGAGAAUCCAUGCGAAGUACUGAGCAACGCGCGAUAUCGUAAAGGCCCGACAUCCUGCUUUGACUACAGUGCCUUAGAAAACGCGUCAGAGUGUGGGCGGGGUCAUGCACUGCAGUCCUCCAUAGGAGUCCUUCUCUUCAUUCAGCUUAUUCUGCCUUUUUUUCAUCUCUGACACGUGCAAACACUCAAACUGACAUCUUUCAUCUCUUUGGGUUUAGGCUCGGAUCUACUGAAGGUCAGAUCAAACAGCAACUGCAAAAUUAUUCUUUUUUUGAUGUACAAACGGCACACAGUGCAUUUGUGCUUGUAAAGAAAUAUGUGGAUCAGCUCUUAGUGCUUUUUGCCUUAUUGCUUAUGCAUUUGUUGGUUUUCAGGGCUCGAGUGCAAAAUAUAGGAAGAGAAUGUGUAGACUGUGCAUGCUACUUAAACUAGGACAAGCAUGUUUAAACAUUUUGCCAACGGGCUCAACAAUGUAAGCAACUACCAAAAAGUCAGGGAGGCAGCUGAAAUGUACUUUCAACGGGCCAAUGAAGGAUCACCCAGCAAGAACAGACGGCAAUCACAAUUUUAGGUUGAGUUGUGGUGGUGAAAUGAUGAAAGAUCUAAAAACUCAGUUGGAUUUGUAUGGUGUGUGGUAAAUACACAGUGGUGGAAAGAAGUCAGAUAUUUUACUUAAGUAAAGUUGAUCAAGCAAUUCCAGUCAAAGUUAUGCAUCCAAGAUUUUAAAAGCAGAGAAGUAUUUGCAACAAAAUGAACUUAAAGUAUAAAAAAAAACUCAUUUGACAGCCGAAUGGGUCUUGCCAGUGUUUGCUCUUCGUAAUAUGCAUUAUAUUAUCUGAUAAUUAUUAUUGUUAAUGUAUGAAGCAUGCAUUUUAAUGUUGUAGCUCAUCAAAAUUGAGCUAAUAUUUACUACUUUAUAUACUGUUGGGUUGUUUUAUGUUUAACAAUAACAAUAAUUUUAAAAACCCAUCAUAGGUUUUCUAUGUAAAUUAUUAAAAUGAAAGAAAAUGCAGCUGCCAGAUAAAUGUAGUAGGUUAACAAGGACAAAAUUCCUUCUACGGUAUAGUGGAGUUGGAAUAUUAAGGUGCUAUGUGGAGUUUUCUUGCAAACACAAAGCUCAAAUUAAAGCUUUCAAAGCUGCUCAAAAUCAAUGUUUUUUUACCAAACCACAAUAUGUGUGUUCUUGAUCUUCAACAAACUUUUUGAAUGUUCCUUCUGCCAAAAUCUUAAAACCACGUUGUUUACAUUUCACGUUUACAUGCUUGCAGUUAUCUUCUUUCCUGCAUUUUCUGGCGUAUUGCAGCCUUUCUCGACUAGAUACUGCCACCUGUAGAUCAGUGUAAUAGUGUGAGACCCUUGACUGCCUAGUGUGUACUUAAAACAUAACUUCAUAGCGCUACUAGUGGUCAAAACAUUACAGGGUACAUGUAAAGUACAAGCAACAUCAACACUGUACCCAAUUAUAGUGCUUGAGUAAAUGUACGUAAAGACCCCCUCCAGUGUGUUUUUACAUUUUUAUGAUAUUUCAUAUUUUAGCUGUACUCUAGUUUAGUGUGUUGCUUUAUUUUAAUAAUAGAAUUUCUGUGUGCAGUGAAUGGAUGCAAUCAAGUUAGUGUUUUUGAAGAAAUUCCACCGGCAGAAAUAGCACAACACACUCACACAGUCUCACUCACUCUCUUUGUCUGAUUAACAGUGAAUCCAUCAAAUUAAGUGCCAUAUCGUGGUUUUCAAAGAUGCUGUAUUGUUAACUGCAAUCGUUUUGCCAUGUUUAUGGAUUACAUCCGACUAUAAUCCACAUACCCUUUCUCUGUUUGAGAAAGAACGUUAACCAUUAAACAGGCUACGCUGGCUCGAGGGGGCCUUUAAUUACUUCUUUAAAUACAACGCUGCACACGCCACCACAUGUUUUAUCCAGAGGAGCUCCGCGACACAAAAGAACACAGUUGUUAACACAACAACUUUGUGGAGAGAGUAUUCUGAGUUUUUAGAUCUUUCAUUGUUACUGUCUGACACCUAGUUGAUCAGCUCUGAAUAUAUUUGAGUGACUUUUUAGCUAUAUAUUUAACAUCAUUUUUGUGCUUGGGAUGACUUUUGUGCUUGGGAUGGCUUAUUAGAUAAUUAUAACUGCAGUCCACCUUAAUAAUUAUCUGUAUUAUGGAUUCACAAUGAUCAUACAACUGCUGGGUGUAAGCUAUCAAAGGCAUUUACACAACUGACAGUUUUACAUUUUGCACACCACACAAAAAGCUAACUACUACAGCGUGAAAAUGUAAAUAGACAGAAGCUCAGACGCUGCUGCUUCUGGCAACUUCUGCUUUUGUUGGCUUUGGGAAAUUCCAAAUGCAUUAUCUGCACAAGUUUUCAUUUGCAUGUCCCGUCCUAGUACAUGUCUUUGCACACAAAAGAGCUCCCUGCACCUACAGUAGUUUUUACAUGAUAGUACAUCCGGGCCUUAACCUCACAUUCACUUCAGUGUCUUUCAAUCCACCUCUGAUCUUUGCCAAGACAGUUUCAGUACUAUAAAUUAUGUCACACAUGACAUGACCCAGAAUGAUUUCCCUUUGACAUCUCAAGUAGGCCCCGUCUCUUAAAUCAAAAAUAUAUCCGGAUAUAUAUCGGAUAUAUAAAAAUAAUUUCUCAGAUUACUUUGACAAAUGAGACCACAGAUGAGAAAAGUCAGUGUGAUGAAAAAAAUGGAUUGUAACAGUCAAGGUUUGUUUUGCUGAAAUGCUUCCACCGAUACUAAGUAUCUAGUAGGAUCUUGAAGUGCUUCCAGUUGUUAAGAAUUGUUGAAGGGUGUAAUAUCGGUCACAAACAGACAAGAAUGAACAAAUGUUAACAGGGAUUUGUUACAAAAAUAUAGUAGUGAAUCCUCCAAACCACAGCAUGGUUAACUGCAAUAUUGAUGUGAUAAUCUGAUACUUUCUCUUAGCAGUAAUUACCAUGACCAUUAUUUUAUCAUUGAGUUUAGACUUUAAGUAAUUCACAUGCAGUGUUAUCUCUGUAGACUUAUAGGACUAAACAUGCCCAGACAUCAGUGUGUGGCCGACAUGUUUUUUAACAUUACUUGUUUGAUCGAAGGGAAGCUCUCUGUAACUUUUUUGUAUCUUGUAUUGCCAAUAUUUGUCAAUCCUGAAUUUAUGCACUUAUGUAUGCUUCUGUAUGGGGAAUGUAGCUUUUGAACAGCUUUCAGUGUUAUCAGUAUGUGAUGCUUUUUGGCCCUCUGUUGAGAUCCCCCCGAAGUCUCGUUCAAAGUGAUGACUCGCUGUGGUAGAAUAUUUUAAUUGUAUCAUGCAUAUCUCGUUGUGGCGGUAAUAUCUGAUUCUUCUUUUUACUAAAUUAUAAAGCUGCAAGACUUAGUAAGUUAGUCACAAUGAAAUGUCUGCCCCGUUCUGUAUGGGGUCAUUACUACUUGAGUUAGAAGUGUUGCACUAAAAAAUGUUUUAGAUUGUACACUUUAUUUAAUUUAUGUCAGGGUUAAAACUCUAUUUGUUCAGGUUUAACUAGCACGCAACAGAACAUAUUCAGCAUACAGUUUUCAACACAACAUACAUUAGGAAAAUACAAGUGUUAGUGUGCUUUAUUAAAAUCCUGUUUUGAGAUGUAAGAAAUGUAUGUUGAUUCAGAAAACGCUGAAUUACCUUGUUAAAAAUCCUUAAAGUUACAUCUAGAAAAGGUUUAAUUACUGGGCACAAGAUGCCUCCUACUGCAUAUCGGACCAGAAUUGACAUGUUGUGCUGUCAGAAAGCCUGUUUGAACAUACAGGACACUUGUUAAACUCAGAUUUAAGCACAGAGAAGCAGAUGAUUGUGAAAACUUAGCACAUGCAUCAUUCUGCAAAGUGAAGCUGAAGUAUCCAAGUGAAGUAACCAUAAGCUAAAUACAUUUUGAGUUGGUAGGAGAAUUUUAAUUAUCAAAAUGAAAUCUAGUGAAGAAUACUUAACAGUGAGAGCCUUUGUAACAGUGUAUCACUGUUGUAUUCGUGAGGAGUUGCAUGAUAAAAUCCUGAAAACAUUUUCCCACAGUGAUUUGUCAGCCUUUGAUGUCUUCUUGUGUUUUUUAUCAUUUGAUCUGGUUAAAGAGUUAAUGGGGGAUAUUUAAAAAAAAUACGCUUUUUUGACAAAAUAUUUGUAAAAUGCUGUUUCUCUCUGUCUGCCUGGUGUUCCACCCUGCAGUGCCUUGAUGCACUCAUUUUGGAUGGCAGGAACGUUUGGCUCCUAGCCAUGAGGACGUUCAUCCUGCAGGGUCAUGCGAACGACACACUUGAAUUUCAAGGGUUGCAGUGGUCUAGCUUAAAAUGGACAUCUGUCGGUUAGGUAUUAAAAAAAAUGCUCUUCAUGAACUUAUAAAGCAUUUUAAAGUAGCACAGCACCAUUUUGAAAGAGCUCAAAGGAAGUGUGUCGAACAGCUGGCCUCCCCUCCUGCCUUCUCGUAAAAAGAUGUUUGUCAAAGCAACGAGAACAAACUUGCUGCCCUUCUGCUACGUGUCGUUUAUCUCUACACUGUGGUUAAGCCUCGAAUAGAAGCACAUACACUGUCCAUUGACAUAGAUUUACUUUGUCCCAUCUGCACACUGGAUAUUCUAUAUUGAAGCCUGUACUUUUCCAUUAGGACGAUCUGAAACGAGUGAAUGUUUAUGUACAGUAAAACCUGCUGUUGUGCAUCUCUGCUGUACCCGAGCAUGGUGGGGACGCGGAGAAGCAGAUUAAAGCUCAUCACGUUUUGGAGACCUCAGCAAAAACACUGCUUUAAAAAAUGCAGAAAACAAAACAAAAAUCUUUUACUCUGAGACCUGCAGUGGUAACUUUAGGUCGUAUUACAUUACUCAACAACACAGUUGUACAUUGAGGGAAAGACAUUUUGUGAACUCUUUAUAACCUACAAUAUAUUACUGUUGAGGUCAGUGUUUCGGUAUUUAUUUGCAUGAUAUUUUGAACAGUUUACAGAUUUGUGUACAUAGUCUGAUGAAUAUUUUACAUUCCUGUUCACUUCCGGCUCUCCAGUACUGUGGGGAGCAGUGAUGGCGCCCUCUGGGGAUAUUCGGGGUGAUGUGGAGGCCUCAGAGCUCUUUGCUGUGUGUAACCUAACAAAGUGGAAAGUUUGACUUCAGUGAAGCCUACAAUAACUGUCAGUAAUUAAUUUAGGUAUUUGGCAGCAAGUUAAAGCACAGAGGAGUUUAGAGGUAUGAGCAACAUACUGCCCGAUUUAAGCUUUUGUCGUUCAUUUGGGAAAAUUGACACCAACACGCUGGAGAUGAUUUAUGCAUUUAAAGGCUGUAUAACCGAACAAAUAAGGCAGUGGCAUGUGUGGGGACACUCCUUUAUAAAUUUACUUUGUUAAUAGAAUAGCCUAAGUGUUAAUUUAUUAAAUGUAUUAAAUUAUUAUUUUGUCUGUUUAUUUAUUUGGGUAUUGGGAAAAAUAUUUGUAUUAGACAGAAAGGAAUUGAAUGUGUUUGAAGCUUGAGUGGGCACACUAAGCAGUUUAAAAGACAAUUUCAAAACAGACAAAAAUAAAUACUGUAUGUUCAUGUACUUUUAUUUACUGAGUAUCAACACUUGAGAAUGUUAAUGUUUUUUGCUGUAACUUUGCUUUUCAUUUUGCUGAUAAUGUUUACCUGGGACAGUCUCCAAUGCCACCUCAUUUUUGUACAGUCAAUGUGAUCUGUCAGCAGAAGAUGAAGGCUAACUUUGUAAAGAUUUUGUCAGUCACAUUACAAAAAUGGAUAUUUAAAUGUUUAUAUCUUUGGUGAUUAAAUGCUGUUGAUAUUUUUCA